AUGAUCACUUGGCCACCCCUUCACGAAAUUGUCGCGUACGCCUUUGCGCAGCACAUUCCGUCGCCCACAGUUAUUUCCUUGCCCAGCCUUUUGCCAGCUGCCGCUCCUCGCUGUGUACUCCGUGCCGACCCCGUCACCUGCGGCCUCGCGUGUUUGCAUCCCCCGUCGCGUCGCCUCUCAACUCCGCGCCUAGUCCCUCGCGCGGCCCGCAGCCGCUCUCCUUCCAGCAGCCCGUACAACGGGCAAAGCAGGAGAGCUGGUAGGCAAUCUGCGCAUAUUCCCGCCCCUUUGCCAACCCCACCUCUCCCCUUGCCCCCUUCUUCUCCUCUUGCCCCCACAGCAGUACAGCGCCCCACCGCCGCACCUCCGCGGGGAGCCAUGGCGGCAGCGCGCCCCUCGUGUCGCCUGCGAACAGCGGUGCCCUCUGCUGCACUCCUCCCGAUCGCCUGCCCUCCCUGCUUCGUCACUGCCGUCGCUGCUGCUCUGCUGCGCUCACCGCUGCUCUUUGGGACUGCAAGGCCAGCUCACCAAUCGACUGGCAAUAGUCUCACGACUCACUUAUUGCGCCCCUGCCUCCCAUCGUUUCCUCCACUCCCCCUCUCUGCUCCAUACACCAUCAUCCAUGCUCACCAUGCACCACUACCAGCAUCGCUGCAGCACUUCUCCUGGGACCUCCUGCCAUCUGCCGCCGACCCCCUUGCCGCUGCUACCGCUGCCACAACCAGCCCCUUCGCCUCCAUCUCUACUGCAUUUGCACCCCGUAGCGCCCACCACCGCAACUCUGAAGACGCUGCUGGCGCCGCCCGCGGGCUGUGCUUCGCGUGCAUCCAGCCGCCCCGACCCGCUCCUCCUCGGUGCGUUACUCUGCGCAGUGUGAACAUCCUGCGGGGGCUUGACUUGACACCCCUCCCCUGCCGUCACCACCAGCAGCAUGGCAGCAGCAUGACAUGCAAGCGACCUGCCGCCCCGCUUGGCCACCUCGCGAUGCCCAUGGCGAUUGGUGGCGGAUCCCCAGUGCCGUAUUCGCCGCGGCCCUUUGGCGUGGCGUCAGCUGCGCUUGCAUCGCCGGUGCUGUCGACGCCAGUGGCCCCUGUUGCGGCGAUGGGGGGCGGGGCGACGGGCAAGAAGGUGGAGUACUACUCGGUGCGCCAUUGGGAGGCAACUGGUCCCUUCUCACAUAUCUUUCCCUCCCUGUCGUAUCCCGCGCGUGCCGUGGCAGGGGGGGCGAGGCGGCGGGCAAGAGGGUGGAAUACUGCUCGGUGUGCCGCGUGCUGGCUGACGGCCGCUGCAUGUUCCGCGCCCUG